AUGAAUGAGUUGCGGCGUGAAUUUUAUAUUCCACAAGGCAUAUUAUCUGCUGCCGUAUUUAUGAGUGGAAUGGGAUACGGUAUAUUAUAUGUUAACGGUAUAAACGUUGAUCCUUCACGUCGUCUAGAUCCUGGAUGGACUACAUAUACGCAACGUGUUUUGUACGUUUCAUAUGAUAUUACUCAAUUUCUGAAAGGUCAUUCCACUAACUGCAUUGGUGUACAGUUAGGACUUGGAUUUUAUACGAACGAACAAUGGGGUGGAGGAGUUCCUGCACCAGCACCAGAAGUAUUUGGUCCACCGCCAAGACUGCUCUUACAAGUCAAUAUUAUACUUAGCGAUUAUACAACGAUGAAUAUUACGUCCGAUACAACAUGGCUUGGUCGCGAAGGCGCCCAUCGUAAAGAUAAUGUGUAUAUGGGAACUAUUUAUGAUACUCGCGCUGAACGAUACAACUGGUCAACUGCUGGUUUUACUGAUCCUUACAGUUUAUGGCUAAAUGCAUCUCUAAUCGAAUCGCCAUUGACUUCACCAACCGGCCAAUUAACUUAUCAGUCCAUGAAUCCAAUACGAAUUAGCCCAUAUGCCCUGCACAUUGCUACAUCAGCUUCACGAACUGGCUACAAGCCAAUGCCGCCAGGUGUUGUUGGCGACUGUAGUCAACGACAGGAGCGAAGAGGAUGGCUUGGUGAUGCAGCUCUGUCAGUUGAUGCUGCAUUAUUCAACUUUGAUUUGUAUGGAUUAUAUGUGAAUUUUCUACGAAAUAUUGCAGAUGUUCAGCAUGAAGAUGGAUCGAUACCUGAUACAGCACCAUACUCCGUCGGUGGAUAUGUAGCAGAUCCCUCAUGGGCACAUGCUUAUCCAGAAAUUACUUGGCGUAUCUACCAGCAUUACAAUGAUACAGCCAUUGUAAAACAACACUACGCUGGAAUUCAAGCAUGGGUAGAUUAUUUGACCAGUCGUGCACAGCAAAGUGAUUUGGCAAAUAUGUAUUUUGCUUAUGGUGAUUGGGAAACACCGGCUAAUUAUCCUGUGACGAAUAGUUCAUUAGUAUCUGCAUUUUCAUAUCUGAGUGACGUACAAAUAAUGAUAAUUCUGUCAAAAAUACUAAAUAAUCAGACUAAUGUUGCCAAAUACAGUAAAUUGAUCAUGGCUGGUAUGAUGGGAACAACGGCGUUUCUUUCAAUGUGGAUGAACAAUACUGCAUCGACAUCAAUUAUGUUGCCUGUAGUAUUAGCUAUUGUUCAUGAACUCGAUGUUUUCAGCGAAAAUUCUCUCGAUAGCCAACAAGACAAUAUACAGACAACAGUUAAUAUAAAUGGUGCAUUUGAUUCCACAAAUACGGAAGGACCUGAUGAAAAUAAAACUGGCCAGAUCGCUCAUACUACUCAAAACAUCGAACUAGUAAAACCAGAGACAUCUGUAGUAGUAAAUACUCGCUUGAAAUUACUAUGCUGUAAACGACAAAAAGUUGAACAUAGCAAUACGUACAAGAAACAACAUGAUGAACUGAAGAAAGGGUUUCUUCUUGCCAUAGCCUAUUCAUCAUCUAUUGGCGGACUAUCCAGUUUAGUUGGUACUGCACCCAAUAUUUAUCUCAAAGGUUUCGUAGACAGUGAAUACAAUGGUACUGGUUUUCGCGUAAACUUCCUCAAUUUUCUACUCUUUGCUCUACCGACUGGAAUAUUAAUGCUUGUAGUCUGUUGGAUAUGGUUACAGCUGUGCUAUAACAAAAAAGAACUCUUUCAAUGUCACUAUUCUGCUGAAAGACACAAAGCUCAGAUUAAAUUGAAGGCAAUAUUAACGAAACAGUAUAAAGAUCUUGGACGACCAAAAUGGAGUGAACUCGUAGUAGCUGGUAUAUUCGUUCUGUUGAUUGUUCUAUGGAUAACAAGAGAGUUUUCCAGUAGAACAGGAUGGAGUAUGAUAUUUCAGCGUAAACACAUUAGUGAUGGUACUGUAGCUAUUUUCUGUGGAAUACUUCCAUUAAUUUUACCAGCCAGCAAUCCAUUUAAUCGACGACAUGAUUGGAAAUACGAGCCAAUUGUCAAAUGGAAUGAUUUGGCACAUCAUGUUUCAUGGGGUGCACUAAUCCUACUUGGUGCUGGUCUUGCGUUAGCCUCUGCGUUUCAAAAAUCAAAAUUAUCGGAUAGUGUGGCGCAAGCCCUUGGUUUUGUGUCCCAUAUACCGCGAGCUGCUGCUAUUAUGAUCAUAGUUGUGAUUAGCGGCUUCUUCACCGAAGUGACAUCGAAUACAAGCACGGCAACCAUCUUUUUCCCCGUACUCAAUUCUGUGGCAACUUCGUCUGGCAUACAUCCAGCUUUUCUCCUCCUUCCAUGCACAUUGGCUGUCUCUCUUGCAUUUAUGUUGCCCAUAGCUACACCACCAAAUUCCAUCGUUUUUGCUAGCGGUGCACUUCGAGUCAUCGAUAUGAUCAAAACUGGCAUAUUUAAUAUAACAUUAUCUAAAUAG